AUGAGGCACGAAGCUGAGCUUGCACGAAGCUGCACGAAGCUGAGCUUGCACGAAGCUGUGCACAAUAUUCUUUAUAGGCACGAAGAGGAUAUAAUAAAGCAAGAAAAUGGGUGCAAUCUUUUCCAAGGAAGUUGGGUUUUUGAUAAUACAUAUCCACUCUAUGAUGCAUCAAAUUGUCCAUUUGUUUCAUCAGAUUGGAAUUGCCAUGCUAGGCCUGACAAGGACUACCUCAAGUAUAAAUGGAAGCCUGAUGGUUGUGACCUUCCAAGCUUCAACGGUGCAGAUUUCCUGCAGAGGUGCAGAGGGAAAAAAAUAAUGUUUGUGGGUGAUUCUCUAAGCAACAAUCAAUGGCAGUCUUUGACUUGCAUGCUUCACACUGCUGUCCCAAACUCUAAGUACACCUCAUCCAAAAGGGGCCAACUCUCCACAUUUUCAUUACCAGAAUAUGGAAUUUCAAUUAUGCCGUUCACAACGCAUUUUUUUGUUGACUUGGUGACGGAGAACGUAGGUCGAGUUCUGAAGCUUGACUCGAUCAGUGCCGGCAACCAGUGGUUAGGAGUUGACAUCUUGAUUUUCAACAGCUAUCACUGGUGGCUCCACGAAGGCAAACUCCAACCAUGGGAUUACAUACAAGUUGGUGACACUUUGUCCAAAGACAUGGAUCGCAUGGCAGCUUAUAAGAUUGGUUUGACAACAUGGGCAAAAUGGGUUGAUUCGAACAUCAAUCCUUUGAAGACUAGAGUCUUUUUCCAAGGAAUUUCUGCUACUCAUUACCACGGCAUUGACUGGAAUCAACCAAAAGUGAAUAACUGUCGAGGGCAAACCAAACCAAUAGAUGGGUCAAAUUAUCCUGGUAAUCAUUAUCCAGGAGAAGCAGUGUUGAAGAGUGUAUUGGGCAGCGUGAAAAAGCCUGUGAGUUUGCUUGACAUAGCAUUGCUCACUCAACUAAGGAAAGAUGGCCAUCCAAGCCAGUAUUCUGGCACUGGCUUCGUCUGCAGUCACUGGUGUCUAGCUGGUGUCCCCGACUCUUGGAACCAACUCCUGUACACAAUUCUAACCCAGAAGUAA